AUGCAGCUCUCCACGCCGCCCCGCAGCCUCCCGCCCGCCCUCCAUGCCUUGCCCGCAAGCAGCCUCUUCGGCAGCCGGCCCGCACAGCCCCCGGAGAGCGUCCUGGGGAUCAGCUUCAAGCCCUACAGCCCGGAGCCCGGCCCGGCGCCGGCGUCCUGCACCGCCUGUGAGAGCCCACAGUCCUCCAUGUUCAGAGCUGCCUGCAUGAGCCAGAGGCGGCUCGCGCUCAUCUUCUGCGUCUCCCUGCUCAUCGUGCUCUUCACCGCCCUCAUCCUGCUCUUCCUCUUCUGGCGCUCGCAGACCGGCAUCGUGUACAAAGAGCCCGCCGAGAACUGCAAGGACAGCGCGGUGCGCUGCGACGGCGUCGCCGACUGCUCGCAGCGCAGUGACGAGCUGGGCUGCGUGCGCUUCAGCUCCGACCACUCCCUGCUCCACGUCUACUCCAGCACUGAGAGCCAGUGGCUGCCCGUGUGCAGCAGUGCCUGGGACGACUCCUUCUCCAGGAAGACUUGCCAGCAGCUGGGAUUCCAGAAUGCGUCCCAGACGGACUACAUCCCCCUGCACGUCUCCGGCAAGAGCCUCAGCGUGACCGAGGAGCGGGACACCAUCCAGCAGAGCCUCAACAGCUCCCAGUGCCUUACGGGCAAGUACGUCUCCCUGCGAUGCACAAGCUGCGGGCAGCGGAUCUCCGGCCGGAUCAUCGGCGGGAAGGAAACCUCAGCCAGCAAAUGGCCCUGGCAAGUCAGCGUGCAGUACGGGCCCAUCCACAUCUGCGGCGGCACCAUCAUUGACGCACAGUGGGUGCUCACGGCGGCCCACUGCUUCUUCAUGAACAGCAUGAAGAUCCUGGAUGACUGGCGGGUGUACGGCGGAGUCUCCGACCUCAAGCAGCGCUCCGAGGGCAUCCCUGUCUCUCAGGUGAUCAUCAACUCCAACUACAGUGACGACCAUGAUGACUACGACAUCGCUCUCAUGAAGCUCUCCAGGCCGCUGACGCUCUCCGCCCAGGUCCGCCCAGCCUGCCUGCCCAUGCAUGGCCAGCGCUUCCUGACCGGCAGGUCCUGCUUCAUCACCGGCUUUGGGAAGACCAGGGAAAACGAAGGUGAGGCUCGCGUGCGCGCGUGRCAGCUCCCUGUGCACCACGCUCACGCACUGCUGCCCCGCGGGGCAGACAACACCUCCCCGAAGCUGCGCGAGGCCGAGGUGAAGCUCAUCGACUACAAGGUGUGCAACAGCGACAAGGUGUACGAGGGCUACCUGACGCCGCGCAUGAUGUGCGCCGGCUACCUGCAGGGGGGCAAGGACGCGUGCCAGGGUGACAGCGGGGGGCCCCUGGUGUGCGAGGACGGCGGGCGCUGGUACGUGGCUGGCGUGACGAGCUGGGGCACGGGCUGCGGCCAGAAGAACAAGCCGGGGGUGUACACCCGUGUCACGAAGCUGCUCAGCUGGAUAUACAGCAAGAUGGAGGUGAGGGCGCCCGGGCAUGGGCCCGUGCCUGCUGCCGGGCACCUGGACGUCUCCCCCUCGCCCUCUCCUCUCUCCCCGGCGCAGAGCGAGAAUGACUGA